CACAGUGUUAUAUAACAGACAUGGACAGGGCGGACGGUUCGGACACCUUCUUGGUUUGUUCGGUGUUUGAGGUCAGAGGGAGCGGUGUGCGGCGCAACAGAUGCCGCACCGAGAAAUAAGCCUUUAAUACCCCUAGGACUCGGGAGAGGGUAACUACACUCUAACUCAUAACACAGACUUAAGUGAAACCCCUCACGCAACUCAUCCUUGUCUCGGCGGCACCGUUCCUUGGAAAUAUCUCACCUUUACGCACGAAGCGGCGCUUCAAGAACUGCGUUUUUGGUGCAUUUCACAGCAUCCUCGGAUAUAUCCACCUGAGUGUUAUAGAGGUGAACCCGGUCUCAUGGCAUGGUUGUCCAUGUCUCAGUUACUGGAGCCAGGUGAACGAUAAUUUGAACUGUCUUUACAACCGUGGAAUAAUAGUAGAGGACUGCUGUAACCACCAUGCCGCCCAAGAAAAAGGGAGAGCGUCAGGACUCGGAUGUCGUUGAGGAAAGAAACGCCCAGGUGCAGCUGGAGAAGGCCAAGUACAAGCCAGUGGCAUUUGCUGUACGUUGCAACUUCUCUUACACGCCAGCAGACGACGACAGCGUCCCCGUGCCAGGCCAGGCUGUCACCUUUGAGGCCAGAGACUUCCUGCAUGUCAAAGAGAAGUUUAACAAUGACUGGUGGAUCGGACGGCCGGUGAAGGAGGAUGGUGUGGUGGGCUUUGUCCCCAGUCCAGUCAAUCUGGAAACCAUUCUCAUCAGAAGAGAGGUCCAGGCAAGAAAAGCUGCCAAGGCCUUAGCCAACAAAGCAGCAUCUCAAGCCGCUCAAGAUAUGAACUCAAAGAAAUAUACCCCUCCUUCACAAGCCAAUCAGCAGGUGAAAAAGAAACCGGGGGAGCAGGUGGCUAUGUAUGAUGUAGUGCCUACAAUGCGUCCUGUGGUUCUAAUGGGGCCAUCACUGAAGGGCUUAGAGGUUACAGAUAUGAUGCAAAAAGCACUAUUUGACUAUUUAAAACACCGAUUUGAAGGCAGAAUUACUAUUACACGGGUCACAGCAGACAUCUCUCUGGCUAAACGAUCCAUACUCAACAACCCUGGAAAAAAAGCCUUAAUGGACCGGUCGAACACCCGCUCCAAUUUAGCCCAGAUCCAGGGGGAGGUGGAGCGCAUCUUUGAGCUUGCCCGCAGCCUGCAACUGGUGGUGCUAGAUGCAGACACAGUCAACCACCCUCUCCAGGUGUCCAAGACUUCUCUGGCACCAAUCCUUGUUUAUGUGAAGAUCUCCUCACCAAAAGUGUUGACCAGAUUGAUCAAGACAAGAGGGAAAUCUCAGACCAAGCAUCUUAAUGUUCAGCUGGUGGCAGCAGACAAGCUCGCCCAAUGCCCGCCAGAAAUGUUUGAUGUCAUCUUAGAUGAGAACCAGCUAACUGACGCCUGUGAGCACAUUGCUGAUUAUCUGGAGUCCUACUGGAGAGCCACUCAUCCACCGGAGAUGGAGCCUGCCAACGCGCUGGUGGCCCAGCUGGCUGAGAAUACACUGCCCACCACUCCUUCAGAAAUACCGAGGAAGAAAUGAGAUAGGUCUUCCUCUGGAUGAGCAGAAGAAUAAAAAGUCAGCAGCCCCCAAGAGGAAGGGUUCCCGUGAGAACCACUUGGACCAGGAGCC